UGCACGCCUCUGACCUUGGUGGCCAUGUGCCUGGAGCGCUAUGUGGCUGUGUGUAAGCCCCUGAGGCACGCUGCCAUCUCCACGCCGAGGAUUAGAGUGGUGGGCCUGCUCCUCAUUUGGGGGCUGGGCUGUGUACCUGCCCUCGUCAUCCUCCUUUCCUUCGCAGCUCUGGUCUCAGCUGAGCGGCUCACCAUGAGAGUCUUGUGCUCCGUGGAUUCGUUGAUUGUGAUCGAGUGGCAGAAGUACCUCCAAAUUGCUGUGUUCAAAUUCUAUUUCUUGGUCAUGUCCAUGGUCAUCACCUUCACAUACGUCAAGGUGGCUGCAGCUGCCCGCUCUGCCUCUGGUGAAAACAGGAAGUCGAGCACCAAAGGCACGAGGACAGUGGCUCUCCAUGCCAUCCAGCUCCUCCUUUGCCUCAUACAGCUACUUACGCCUUUAUUGGACAUGGCUGUGUUACAGAUCAGUGUGGUGAUCUACAUCCAGUAUAUCCGUUUUGUUAAUUUCAUAAUGUUUGUGAUAGCGCCGCGUUGCCUGAGCUCAUUGAUCUAUGGUUUGAGGGAGCAGAAUUUCUUCCAAGCAUUGAAACACUAUGCUGUUUGUGGCCUGGAUAAGAAGGUUCAACCAGCUGCUUCUCAUUCCAGGAAGGUGGAAUUGAGGCAUUAA